CCUGAGCUCAGCUGCUGUGACUCAAUGCUGAUCUUCAGCCGCCCAGGGAAACAAAGAGCUGCACCGGCGCCGACAGACAGAACCAGAACCAGAACCGGCAGACAGUCUGAGACGAUGGACGGAGGACAAAGCUGUGGUGCGCGGGACAUCCUGAGGGGACGCUGCCAAGGAGCUCAGAGGACCGGCAGCAACAUGAUCCGAAUCUUCAUCAGCUCCAGCUUCACAGACAUGAGCGUUGAGAGGAAGGUUCUGCUGGAGAAAGCGUACCCGGAGGUCCGGUCGUUUUGCCGCAGUCUGGGUCUGGUCUUUGAGGUGGUGGAUCUGAGCUGGGGCAUCCGGACCUUCCCGUAUGGAGACCAUGAGGUCAGCGAGAUCUUCCUGCAGGAGAUCCAGACGAGUCAGAAGGUUUCUGCUGGACCGGCCUUCGUGGUGAGUUCCUAAGGU